AUGUUGAACGCGUCGAUGUCGACAGUGGCUGCUAUGGCUCUGCUGCUCUACCUUGCGUUACCCGUUCCUGCCGCUGGUCUUCAUUAUGCCAUUCCUCGUCGUAUGUUCGUAGACGCGCUUACGGAAACCGCAGCGUCAUUGUUCCUCACAUCGCUCACAGAUGGAUUGUCGUUCUCGAUCGGCAGUGUUUCGGACUUCUACGCUGUUCGUGUUUUCUGUACGUACUGUGCGAUGGCGAUUCUCUUCAUGUUCCUCUUUCAAAUCACUUUCUUCAACGCAGUGAUGGUGCUGUGUUGUCGAAGAGAGAUCGCCGGCCGACAUUCGCUCUUCUGUUACAGAGUCUCUCAGGCUGAGUUGCCUUUGGGACUCGAUUUAAAGCUGUUGACUCCGUCUGGCUCAUAUUUGGCGGAUUUUUUACGGGCUGAGGAACGGCUGUUCAAAGAGUACGGCCUUUAUUGUUUCGCUGUUGUUCGUCUUCAAAAUUGGCCGCUGAUCGAUCCCAACGAAAGAAGGAGGCUGUUGACAUUGUACGACGACCUCUCCAGAUUCAAUCCUGAUGGCGACAUCAAGGCCACAAAAAUGCUGAUGAGAGUCCGUUUAUUGGGGACAGCUAACGAAAAGCCACGAGCUGAAGUACUACGAAAGACAAUGUCGGAGAGUGGAUUCAAUGGUUUUGUCUACGAUACAAGUUUUCUCCUUGUCGACCAACAAAUGACUACCGUAACCGGGGUGAUUACAAACGUGGUCACCGCCAUUCUCACAAUGCUCGUCAUCUGCGUACUUAUGGUGCCUCGACCGCUUUCGGCUACGUGCAUCGCAGUUUCUAUUCUCUCAAUAAAUCUAGGAGUCGUUGGAGCGCUUUCAGCCGCCGGUAUAAGACUGGACAUCAUCUCCAUGAUCACUAUAGUGAUGAGCAUUGGAUUUUCUGUUGACUACGUGACGCACACCACCUUCCACUUCAUUGUGCAGCGCAACGACAGGCUGAAGAAGUGCCUAGUUGUGAUGACGGAACCAAUACUGCAGGCAGCUCUGUCCACUGUGGUGGGCGUAUCUCUGCUAGGCACUUGUUCCAUCCUACAUAGUCCGAACGUUUGUGAUGACCGUGUUCGCUGUGGUAGGCAUUGGGGUCCUGCAUGGACUGCUCUUCGUCCCCGUUCUACUUGCACUCAU